AUGGCGCCUCGCUGGUUUGAGAAAGUCGAAUCCAAGGCCAAAAGGCUGUUGCAGGUCGCUCCCCAAGAAUCCGUCUCGGCUCCUUCACCAACAUCUUCGCCGACAGCGUCUCAGCCUGCAUCUGAACCAACAACUCAACCAACAUUUCAGCCAACGCCUUCUCCACCCACCUCGACCGAUUCCGAAACCUCGCCGCUGCCGAGUCUACAAGAGCAACUUUGGAAUCAGGCCUACGACGAGCUCAAAGCGAGCGAGCCCAAAUUAGUCGAAGCGUACGAGAAGAUCCUAUCAGUUGGACUUCACCGAAACGACCCGAGCUCUGUUACUUGCGAAUCAACGGAAAACGAGAUAGAGGGGGCUCGUGAGACAAGAUGCCGCCAAAUGCAGCAGCUGGUCAAGGCUGGACUGGACCGGACGCAGAAGCAAGCGUCCAUCAAACAAGGAAUCAAUGAAGGCUUGCAAGCAGUGCAAGUCGUAAGGGGGAUAGUAGAUAAGGCGGUACAGGCCGCACCGGAAGCCGCUAUCGCCUGGGUCGGCGUCUGCCUUGGACUAGAGGUCUUUUCGAACCCCGUCACCGAGGCACGCGACAACCGCGAAGGUAUCGCCUACGUCCUGUCGAGAAUGGAGUGGUACUGGAACCUGGUGUCCCUGCUUCUCGACGAGAACAAGGCCGAACAAUCAUCCGCAGGACUACGAGUCCAACUAGAGAAGCACAUCGUGCAGCUCUACGAGAAGCUCCUCGCGUAUCAGAUCAAGAGUGUCUGUCUUUACCACCGGAACUGGGCUGCCGUCAUCGGAAGGGAUCUGCUCAAAAUCGACGACUGGGCUGGCCAGCUCAGCGGGAUCAAGGAAGCCGAGGCUGCCGUGCAAAGAGACAUGGAACAAUACAAUACCGAAGAGAGCAAGACACAAUUUCGGAAACUCACCGACACCGCAACUGCUCUAGAGGAGAAUCUCCAAGACAUCCAUUCAGCCAUCCAGGACCAGACACGGCAGCAGGAGAAGAGACACCAGGACGACAGGGACAAGCAAUGCCUGAAAGACCUGCGCGAGACUGACCCCCGCGACGACAAGACGCGCAUCCAAGAGACGAAGGGCGGCCUGCUCAGGGACUCUUACCGCUGGAUCCUCGACAAUGACGACUUCCGGCGGUGGCGUGAUGAUCCGCAAAGCCAGCUACUCUGGAUCAAAGGCGAUCCUGGCAAGGGCAAGACAAUGCUGCUGUGCGGCAUCAUCGAUGAGCUAGGGAAGGAACCCGACAAACACCUGUCCUACUUCUUCUGCCAGGCCACCGAGACACGACUGAGCAAUGCGACGGCCGUGCUGCGCGGUCUGAUCUACCUUCUCGUCGACCAACAGCCGUCGCUCAUCUCGCAUGUUCGGGAGAAGCACGAUCAUGCGGGUAAGCAGCUUUUUGAGGAUGGGAAUGCCUGGGAAGCCUUAUCUAAGAUCCUCACGGCCAUGUUUAAUGACCCGAGCGUGGAUGGUGCGAUCCUGAUUGUUGAUGCCCUCGACGAAUGCAAGACAAAUCGCCAUCAGCUUCUCGACUUCAUCACUAAACCUUCCCGCGUCAAGUGGAUCGUCUCUAGCCGUAACUGGCCAGACAUUGAGGAGAAACUGGACAAUGCAAAGCAGAAAGUCAGGCUGCGCCUUGAGUUGAACAAGGACUCAAUCUCCAAGGCUGUCAAUACCUACAUCGGACACAAGGUGAAUCGACUGGCAGGUCUUAAGAAAUACGACAAGGAAACAAGGGACGCUGUUCAACGUCACUUGGUUGGCAAUGCCGAUGGCACCUUUCUCUGGGUGGCCUUGGUCUGUCAAGAGCUAGCAGAUCCCAAGGUCCGAAAACGACAUACGCUCGACACAUUGAAGUCAUUCCCCCCAGGUCUUGAUCCUCUCUAUAAGCGAAUGGUGGAACAUAUCAGCGAUUCGAAAGAUGCAGAUCGUUGCAAAGAGAUCCUCGCUCUUGCUUCGGUCGUAUACCGACCCAUCACCCUAGACGAGUUAAAGGCUCUUGCCAAGUCGCUCGAAGAUCUCGACCAGGAUGAGUUGGAAGAAAUCAUCGGUUCCUGUGGUUCUUUUCUGACUCUUCGAAACGGCAUCAUCUACUUUGUGCAUCAAUCAGCCAAGGAUUUCCUACUCAGCAAGGCAUCUGACCAAAUUCUUCCUUCAGGCGCCGCGCACCAGCACCAUGCCAUCUUCUCGAGGUCGCUGGCGGCUUUCUCGCAGACUCUCGAACGUGACGUUUACGAACUGGGUUUCCCAGGAUUUCCCAUCGAUCAGGUCUCGCCGCCCGACCCUGACCCAUUGGCUUCGAUACGAUAUUCCUGUGUCUUCUGGGUUGACCAUCUCCACGACUCGGAUUCUACAGAGAUCAACAGUAUCCUACGGGAUAACGGCGAUGUCGAUGGAUUCAUCCGAGAAAAGUACCUUUAUUGGCUAGAAUCUCUUAGCCUCUUGCGCAGCAUGUCAGAGGGAGUAAAGGCGGUACACAAGCUCGAGGGUUUAGUGAGAAACGUGGGAGCGCAGCAACUAACAAAACUACUUCAAGACGCGCGCCGUUUCAUCCUUUCCAAUAGGCGGCCAAUCGAGAUUGCUCCAUUGCAGGCCUAUGCGUCCGCACUCGUAUUCAGUCCCAAACAUAGUCUUAUUAGAGAGCUCUAUAAGAUAGAAGAGCCGGAUUGGAUGGCAUUGAAGCCAAGAAUCGAAGCGGAUUGGAGCGCGUGCGUGCAGACGCUCGAGGGCCAUGGCGAUCGGGUGAACUCGGUGGUGUUCACGGCGGACGGCCAGUGUCUCGUGUCGGGCUCGGCCGAUAGGACAGUUAAGAUCUGGGACGCCGCGACGGGCGCGUGCAUACAGACGCUCGAGGGCUAUGGCGAUCUUGUGUUCUCGGCGGACGGCCAGUAUUUCGCGUCGGGCUCAGGGGAUGGGACGGUUAAGAUCUGGGACGCGGCGACGGGCGCGUGUGUGCAGACGCUUAAGGGCCAUGGCGAUCUAGUGACGUCAGUGGUAUUCUCAGCGGACGGCCAGCGUCUCGCGUCGGGCUCAGAAGACGAGACAGUCAAGAUCUGGGACGCCGCGACGGGCGCAUGCAUGCAGACACUCGAGGGCUAUGGCGAUCUUGUAUUCUCGGCGGACGGCCAGUAUUUCGCGUCGGGCUCGGGGGAUGGGACGGUUAAGAUCUGGGAUACGGCGACGGGCGCGUAUGUGCAGACGCUCAAGGGCCAUGGCGAUCUAGUGACGUCAGUGGUAUUCUCAGCGGACGGCCAGCGUCUCGCGUCGGGCUCAUACGACGACACGGUUAAGAUCUGGGACGCGGCGACGGGCGCGUGCUUACAGACGCUCGAGGGCCAUGGCGAUUACGUGGAGCCGGUGGUAUUCUCAGCGGACGUCCAGUAUCUCGCGUUAGGCUCAUACGACAACACAAUCAAGAUCUGCGACGCAACGACGGGUGCAUACAUACAGACGCUCGAGGGCCAUGGCGGUCAAGUGAGGUCGGUGGUAUUCUCGGCAGACGGCCAGCGUCUCGCGUCGGGCUCGGCCGAUAGGACAGUUAAGAUCUGGGACGUGGCGACGGGUGCGUGCAUGCAGACGCUCAAGGGCCAUGGCAAUGAGGUGAGGUCGGUGGUGUUCUCGGCAGACGGCCAGUAUCUCGCGUCGGGCUCGGAGGAUAGGACAGUUAAGAUCUGGGACGCGGCUACGGGUGCAUACAUACAGACGCUCGAGGGCCAUGGUGAUCAGGUGGAGUCAGUGGUAUUCUCGGCGGACGGCCAGCGUCUCACGUCAGGCUCGGGGGAUAGGACUGUCAAGAUCUGGGAUGCGGCGACGGGCGCGUGCAUACAGACGCUCGAGGAUUAUAGCGAUCCUAUGUUCUCGGCGGACGGCCAGUAUUUCGCGUCAGGCUCAUACGACAACACAAUCAAGAUCUGGGACGCAACGACGGGUGCAUAUAUACAGACGCUCGAGGGCCAUGGCGGUCAAGUGAGGUCAGUGGUAUUCUCGGCAGACGGCCAGCGUCUCGCGUCGGGCUCGGCCGAUAGGACAGUUAAGAUCUGGGACGUGGCGACGGGUGCGUACGUACAGACGCUCAAGGGCCAUGGUGGUCGGGUGAACUCGGUGGUGUUCUCGGCAGAUGGCCAGUAUCUCGCGUCAGGCUCGGAGGAUGGGACUGUUAAGAUCUGGGACGCGGCGACGGGCACGUGCAUACAGACGCUCAAGGGCCAUGGCGAUCAGGUGAACUCGGUGGUAUUCUCGGCAGACGGCCAGCGUCUCGCGUCAGGCUCAUGGGAUGGGACUGUCAAGACCUGGGACGCGGCGACAGGCGCGUGCGAGCAGACGCUCGAGGGCUAUGGCUAUAGCUAUGGCUAUGGCUCUGGCUAUCAGGCGAACUCGAUGGUGUUCUCGGCAGACGGCCAGUAUCUCGCGUCGGCGUCGGACUCCUGGUAUGGGACUGUUGAGAUCUGCGACGCGGUGACGGGUGCGUGCGUACAGACGCUCGAGGGCCAUGGCGGUCGAGUGAACUCGGUGGUAUUCUCGGCAGACGGCCAGUAUCUCGCGUCGGGCUCGGCCGAUAGGACAGUUAAGAUCUGGGACGUGGCGACGGGUGCGUGCAUACAGACGCUCAAGGGCCAUCGCGAUCAAGUGAACUCGAUGAUAUUCUCGGCAGACGGCCUGUAUCUCGCGUCAGGCUCAUACGACAAGACAAUCAAGAUCUGGGACGCGGCGACGGGCGCGUGCGUGCAGAUACUCGAGGGCUGUGGUGAUUGGGUGGAGACAGUGGUGUUCUCAGUAGACGGCCAGUAUCUCGCGUCAGGCUCGGAUUAUGGGACGGUUAAGAUCUGGGACACGGCGACGGGCGCGUGCAUGCAGACACUCGAGGGCUAUGGCAAUCUUGUGUUCUCGGCGGACGGCCAGUAUUUUGCGUCGGGCUCGGGGAAUGGGACGGUUAAGAUCUGGGACACGGCGACGGGCGCGUAUAUACAGACGCUCGGGGGCCAUGGCGAUCAGGUGAGGUCAGUGGUGUUCUCGGCGGACGGCCAGUGUCUCGCGUCGGGCUCGGAGGAUGGGACUGUUAAGAUCUGGGACGCGGCAACGGGCACAUGCAUACAGACGCUCGAGGGCCAUGGCGGUCAAGUGAGGUCGGUGGUAUUCUCGGCAGACGGCCAGUAUCUCGCGUCGGGCUCAAAAGACGAGACAAUCAAGAUCUGGGAUGCGGCGACAGGCGCGUGCUUACAGACGCUCGAGGGCCAUGGCGGUCAGGUGAACUCGGUGGUAUUCUCGGCAGACGGCCAGUGUCUCGCGUCGGGCUCAAAAGACGAGACAAUUAAGAUCUGGGACGCGGCGACGGGCGCAUGCGAGCAGACGCUCGAGGGCCAUGGCGGUCAGGUGAACUCGGUGGUAUUCUCGGCAGACGGCCAGUGUCUCGCGUCGGGCUCAGAAGACGAGACAAUUAAGAUCUGGGACGCGGCGACGGGCACGUGCGUGCAGACGCUCGAGGGCUAUGGCGGUCUAGGGGAAAGGGUGGCGUUCUCAGCGGACGGCCAAUAUUUCGCGUCGGGCUCAAAAGACGAUACAGUCAAGAUCUGGGACGCGGCGACGGGCGCAUGCGUGCAGACACUCGAGGGCUAUGGUAGUUGGGUAAAGUCGGUGGUAUUCUCGGCGGAUAGCCAGCGUCUCACGUUAGGCUCAGUCGAUGGGAUAAUUAAGAUCUGGGACGCGGUGACGGGCGCGUGCGAGCAGACGCUCGAGGGCCAUGGCGGUCGGGUGAGCUCGGUGGUGUUCUCAGCGGAUGGCCAGCGUCUCGCGUCAGGCUCGUGGGAUGGGACGGUCAAGAUCUGGGACGCGGCGACGGGCGCCUGCUUACAGACACUCGACGUUGGGAGCGUACAUCAAAUUGCAUUUGAUCCAACGACAAACACUCUCCUCUCUACCGAUAUUGGACUUCUCAACUUAGAUCACCUGGCGCCUGCCAUCGAUGCUCAGUCGACUGAACUAACCUUACGGGGUGUUCGCCAUUCUGGUUGGGGUAUAAGCACCGACGGUGUAUGGAUUGUUAAAGAUGGAAAGGAGAUGCUUUGGCUACCUCCGGACUAUCGAGGGGCUAAGGCCGCUAUUGUUAGAUCAACGGUCGCUAUCGGUUGUCGUUCAGGUCGUGUGUCGGUGAUGAAAUUCUCUUAG